GGCCACGCCCAACAGACACCCUGACUGCUGCUGGGCUGAUUGAGGUCUAAACUCGGAUCCACUUCCUCGUACGGCACAUUUGACAGAAUGCAUCCCAUCAUUCUUCUCUUUGUCAUUUCUCUGCUUCACGCAUAUGAAGCCCGAGGCUCCGACACUGUGACUCCUGUAUUUGUGCAGAAGGGGAAGGAUCUGCUUCUCAACGUCACGGCUCCUGUUAAAAUAGUUAAACGGAGUGAUUUUAGAUGGAGAUUUAAUGAUUCAAACAUAUUUAGAUUAUUUGAUGAUAACGAAACAAUAACAAUUGACACCUAUGAUGGAAGGGUCGAGAUUUUUCUCCAAAAUCACUCUUUGCUUUUGAAGAAUGUGCAACAAGCCGACAGUGGACGUUACACUGCAGGUGUUUUCGGGGUCAAUAACACUUAUGUGGGUAAAUACAGCGUCACAGUUCAAGAUCCAGUGUCUCCGGUUAAUGGGACAGUGGACUUACUCUCCUCGAGCUCCGACUCCUGUAACCUCACAGUGACCUGCAGCACACAGGACUCCCAUCACAUCAACAGCACUUUUAGAUGUGACACCAACACCUGCAGCCAGGAGGAGGGAGGAGAGAGGUCCAAGGUCACGACCUCAGGCACCUCCCUCCGUGUCUACCUGUCCAAAGGCUUCUCAGUUAUCUGUAACCAUAGCAACCAGGUCAGCUCGGACGAGCACACAACAAUGAUUUAG